AUGCCAGUUUCUUUGAAAACCGAUCCACAAAAAUCAAAUCGAUCAACAACCGUGGGAGCACAUAUCUUCUCACCGGAUACUCGAUUGGCACUUGGCUCCCCUCAAGCCAACGUAAGUCAAUUGACAAUAUCAAAUGCAACUAUGGAGGAUGCCAAGAUCUACCGCUGUAGAAGCACCAUACAUAAAUCACCCCUCUGUGCCAACGACACCUGUACAGAACAAAAUGAGGCCUUUGAAAUUACCUUCAAUGCUAUCUACGGCCAACCACCUGCGACGAAGAUGCAAGCUAUUGAUUCACACAUCGGACUCCCUAGCGUUAAAUCCCAAGGACCUGCGUUGGCUUUCUACGGAAUGCCGAUAGAAUUCAUCUGUAGAGCAACCUUUUCUUCCGCUGAAGCCAAGCGGGAUCCCACUAUCAGUCUGGAAUGGUAUCACAACGGAGUACGUAGAAGACCUAGCAGAAGUGAAUCUGGUGGGACGUAUAUAACAUCUCGUUGGAUUGAUUCCAAUCUCCUGGAGUCUCGACUUCUGAUUACAUGGACCUCAGAAAAGGAAAUCGGACGGUGGAAUUGUGUUGAACGCAGUCAGAUUAACAAACGCAAGCUAAUGAAUGAAACUGGAUCAACAGCCAUAAUGUCUUUCGAUCAACUUAAUCUCGAAAUUAUUGGUAUGAUUUCUAUCGAGUUUUAA